AUGUCCACCUCCACCAGACGGGCCCCUCUGUCUUCCAACCCGAAUGUCGCCAACUCGCCUAUCCGGAACUCGGCCCUUGCUGCCGCCCUGAGCAAGCAGAGACAGCAGAAGAGAGCAUAUGCCAGCGUGCAGAGGGAGGAGCCCUAUGGACAGCCACCUCCGACCAAGAAACAGAUGCUCAACGACGGCUCCGAGAAGCCUGCAAGAUCCCCCGUCAGACAGGUUAAGGUCGUCCGCCGGGACCCUACCAGGCCACACAAGGAUGAGAAGGCUUCCCACGAGAGGGGCUCCAAGUCCCAGCGGGAGGAGGAGAGGGCUCGCGUCCACCAGUGGAAGGAGGCUCAGCGCCGCAACUUCCCAGGCUUCGUCUUUUACUUCGAGAGCGUCCCCAACGACCAGAGGUCCAAGAUCGUGAAGCAGUUGGCCCACUAUGGUGCUCGAGAGGAGAAGUUCUUCUCCAAAGACAUCACUCAUGUCAUCACCACGCGUCCUAUACCUCCAGCCAAAAAGGCUUCUGGCCCAGACGCCACAGACCACGCCACCGACCAAAACAAUGAUCGACGGGGCCAGUAUGAUAUGCCGAGGACUAUUGAUCCGUCUCUGCUCAGCCGCGAUACAGGUACCAAGGAUGUUAGGAGGAGACUGCUAGAGAGCACCGGCCGGAAGCUUCCAGCACCCGCCCCCGUCGAGGACAACCUUCUUCGCCAGCCAACUACGGCUCGGAAAACUGACAUAUUGGUGCGAGCUCGGGAGAUGGACAAGAAGAUUUGGGCAUUCAGCAAGCUGGUCAAGAUCCUGGAGAUGCUGAAUGACCCAGACCCUUUUGGAACCGCCGCUGCUCCCAAGGCAGCCGAGGAAGCCAACUUGGCCCAGCUUCUUAACAAGGAACGGACCAGUGGUCCCUCGGACAGAGAUCCAACAGUGGCAACAAAAGAGCUCGUCUUUUUCAAGGGGCCUUAUAUCUACGUCUACGAUAUUGAGGAGAAGCAGAAGCCUAUCAUGGUCAGAGAGUACGCCAAGGUUGCCGAUAAGAAGGAUGGGGAUUGGCCACAGUUCCGGUCAACUCAACACGGCCGAUGCCCCUUCGUGGAGGACGACGAGUUGAGUGGUGAACGGAAGCGUCAGGCCGAAAAGGCCGCGAGGGACAAGGAACGCCAGGAGAGAGCUGCCAACGAUGCUGCUACUACGCUGAAGCCGCCUCCUGCCCCGAGUGCAAAGUCUGUGGUGCCAAAACGCACACUGACAGAGAUGGAGGAUGGUCACAACAUCCGCUCCACUUCCUCGCGAGUUCCCGACGUGUUUGACCUCGCCAAAGCCGCCAACCCCCCCACCACCAUCGAUUUCUCCUCCCGGCCUCAGAACGCCUUUACCAGUCGAGCACGCUCAGCUCGUCUACUCGCCGGUGAGCCAGUCGCAUCUGGUGUGCAGAAGUCUAACAUCACAUCUGCCAUUCGAUCUCAGAUGAUCUCGUCCGCGAGUGGUAUCCGCGGUGCCAAGGCAGGGACCAGCAAGGAGCUCUACGGUCUCCAGCGCCAGGUUCUCGAGAAGAGCAAUGCGCCAUCUGCCAACCCUACCUCACAGGACAUGAGUUCACGCCGCCUUGCCGAGAUGAGCCUUGACACGAACGCCAACCAACGUUCGGCAAGUCUUGGGGUGAGCUCCCGCAAGCUCGCCCAGAUCGAGGAGGAUCGUUCAAAGGAGCACAAGAGAACCCAGAGUGUGCCGGUCUCUGCUCCCGCUCCUAAGCCCAAGAAGCGCGAUCUGAAGCCUGGGUAUUGUGAGAACUGUCAGGACAAGUUUGCCGACUUUGACGAGCACAUUCUCUCGAGGAAGCAUCGCAAAUUUGCCGAAAAUGAUGUCAACUGGGCCAAACUGGACGCACUUCUGGGUCAACUCGAGCGCGUCCCCAAAUACUCAGACGAACUCGGUGAAGAACACUCGGACUGGUGA